AUGGCGCAAGCCCUCGCAGAAACGCUUGAUAGCGUCUUUAUGUUGAACUCAGAGGUCGAUACUCUCUCGCACCAAAUCCAUCAGAAGAAACAAACCAUCACCAUCCAGAACUGGGAGCUGGAAGCUCUCCAGGCCAGAAUCCGCGAAGCAGAGGAGCGUUUAAAACUCCAGGAAUCCAUGUCCCCUGCAUCCAAAUCAGACACGCGCCACACCAGCAACUCCCCACAUGCCGAUAGCUCCCUUUUCGGAUCGGCAUCAUCGCCCACUUCGGAGAGUUAUCGCUCAGAGGAAGGGUACACGGAUGCUUCGACAGCACCGUCCACCACGGACAAUGAAGAUGGGCUCAACGAUAGGGCUGUCGAUGACAUUGACUGUCAGACAAUUCGAGACGUCGGCCGUCAUAAAGGCAAAGAGCCGGAGAGAGACAAUAAGAGAUAG